AUGGAAGAACAGCAGCCGGAGCCUAAAAGUCAGCGCGACUCGGGCCUCGGCGCGGUGGCAGCGGCGGCGGCGGCGGUGGCGGCGGCGGCCCCGGGCGGCCUCAGCCUGAGUCUCAGCCCAGGAGCCAGCGGCAGCAGCGGCAGCGAUGGAGACAGCGUGCCGGUGUCCCCGCAGCCAGCGCCCCCAUCGCCUCCUGCGGCACCCUGCCUGCCGCCCCUGGCCCAUCACCCGCACCUCCCCCCGCAUCCCCCGCCCCCGCCGCCGCCGCCGCCGCCGCCGCCACCGCAGCAUCUCGCGGCGCCUGCUCACCAGCCGCAGCCCGCGGCCCAGCUGCACCGCACCACCAACUUUUUCAUCGAUAACAUCUUAAGGCCCGAUUUCGGUUGCAAAAAGGAACAGCCCCUGCCGCAGCUCUUGGUGGCUUCGGCUGCAGCCGGAGGAGGCGCAGCAGGAGGAGGAGGAGGAGGAAGCCGCGUGGAGCGUGACCGAGGCCAGACUGGUGCAGGUAGAGACCCUGUCCACUCUCUGGGCACACGAGCUUCGGGCGCUGCCUCGCUCUUGUGUGCUCCAGAUGCGAACUGUGGCCCACCAGACGGCUCCCAGCCCGCCACCGCUGUCGGCGCGGGCGCGUCCAAAGCCGGGAACCCGGCUGCUGCGGCGGCCGCGGCCGCAGCAGCGGCUGCAGCGGCAGUGGCGGCGGCGGCGGCGGCAGCAUCGAAGCCCUCGGACAGUGGCAGUGGCAGUGGAGGCAACGCGGGGAGUCCCGGGGCGCAGGGCGCCAAGUUCCCGGAACACAACCCCGCGAUCCUACUCAUGGGUUCGGCUAACGGUGGCCCGGUGGUCAAGACUGACUCGCAGCAACCCCUAGUGUGGCCCGCCUGGGUCUACUGCACACGCUACUCGGACCGUCCGUCCUCUGGUCCACGCACCAGGAAGCUAAAGAAGAAAAAGAACGAGAAGGAAGACAAGCGGCCGCGGACGGCGUUCACGGCCGAGCAGCUGCAGAGACUCAAGGCGGAGUUCCAGGCAAACCGCUAUAUCACGGAGCAGCGGCGACAGACCCUGGCCCAGGAGCUCAGCCUGAACGAGUCCCAGAUCAAGAUCUGGUUCCAAAACAAGCGUGCCAAGAUCAAGAAAGCCACCGGCAUCAAGAACGGCCUGGCGCUGCACCUCAUGGCCCAGGGACUGUACAAUCACUCUACCACCACGGUCCAGGACAAAGACGAGAGCGAGUAG